AACAGCAUGCAUAACACAGCACUAGUCCCAGUGGCUUAGAAAUGUGGGCAUCCUAAUCAGAAACAAUAUAAUCUGGGAUUCCUUGUUGCCAGCUCAAUUUAUAGGUGGUGAAAAAUAAUUGUUGGUGGAUGGCUCACAAAAAGGCUUUCUUUUAAAGGAGUCUGGAAUAGAGAGUACUAUAUAUUGCCAAUAACAUAGUAAGAAAAAGGAGACAUUAGGAAGCAGAAUUACUAGUUCCCUAACAACACCAUGGACUAUCUUAACUUUGACUUUGAUGAUGAUGAAGACGAGAAUGGCGAGAUGUCAGAAGGUAGCAUAUCUGCAGAGGUACAGUCUCUUGCUGAUGCCACUGACAAUGCAGAAGAGAAGACACGAGAAGACAGUUCUGACACAGAUCUUGAGAUAGAAGAUGCGGAGCGAUCAUUUGCAACAAUAAAGGGUGCAGAACUGUACACUGAAGCUUGCAAGCUGGUGGGAGUGGUUCCUGUCUCAUAUUUCAUUCGGAACAUGGAAGAGCCCAUUAUGAACCUAAACCAUCAUGGGCUGGGGCCUAAUGGAACCAAGGCCCUUGCCAUUGCUCUGGUUUCCAACACAACCAUCACUCACUUAGAGCUGGAGGAUAAUUGGAUUCUUGGUGAAGGAACCAGAUACCUGGUGCAGAUGCUGCGGGAAAACUGCUACAUCCAGGAGAUGAACAUUUCCAGGAAUCAUCUCAACACAGAUGGAGCUGAAGCUAUCUGCAGGAUGUUCUAUCAUAAUAUUUCUAACAUUCGUGCUAUUCGGCUUGCAGGGAACAACUUUAGAGAAGAAUCAGCAAUGUAUUUUUCUGAGUCAUUAAUGGCCAAUUACAGAGUGAUGGAGCUGGACCUCAGUCACAACGAAUUUGCUGAGAAGGGAGGAGAGCAGCUGGGACAAAUGCUAGCAAACAAUGAAUCACUAGAAAUUCUGGACCUGAGCUGGAAUCACCUGCGGAUGAAAGGGGCUGUAGCACUGAGUGCUGGCCUCAGGGCCAAUGGAUCCCUGAAGAUACUUAACCUCUCGUGGAAUGGCUUUGGCAAUGAGGGUGGUUUGGCCCUAGGAGAAGCCCUCAAGGUCAACAAUGUCCUCACUGAACUCGAUAUCAGCAGCAACCACAUCAACAAUGAAGGGACCAUGAAGCUGUGCAAAGGCUUAGAAGUCAAUGCGAGCCUUAGAAUCCUGAAGAUGUCUCAUAAUCCUAUGACAGUAGAGGGUGCUGUUGCCCUAGUCACAGCUAUCAGGAAGAAUCCAAAAUCCAGGAUGGAGGAGAUCAACAUCUCAAAUGUGCUGGUGAAUGAAGGCUUCAUUAAGCUGCUUGAUGUUGUCUGUGAGGUACGUCCUGAACUAGAUGUCAUCUAUGGAGGGGUUGGAGGGUACAUCGCCAAGAAGCCAGAACAGCGUCCAGAUGCUAUGAAGCUGAUUCAGAACUACUUAGAUGCAAACAAGUUGAGACUCUGGGACUUCUUUAAGAAUAUGGACAAGUAUGGCAACAUGAAGAUUCCUGUGGCAGAAUUUCGGAGAGCCAUGAUGCUGCAAUCAAAGAUCCCCCUGGACCGGCAGCAGAUCUCAGAACUUGUACGGAAACUGGACCAGGCUAGAACAGGUUAUGUGGACUACAGUCAUUUUAAAAUUCAGGAACCAGAAGAGAAGCCUAAGGAGGAGAAGGAAGAGGAAGAGCAGUAAGCAGGUCCAGAAGUCAGGUCAGCUGGUGACAGAUGGAAGGCAGAAAGUUAAGACAGCGCAUGCCUGGGGGUGGGCUGCCGAUGAGCCCUGGACCUAGAGAAGCUCUCUAGUAAAUCAAAGUUCUUAAUAUAGAACAAUAAAAAGUACUG